AUGAUCACAGGGAAGAGGUACUAUGGGGAGGAGGAAGAGGAGGCCUCCGAGGAGGCGAGAUGGUUCAGGGAGUUAGUAGAGGAAGGUUCCUCCUUGAUCGGAGCAUCAAAUCUUAGAGACUUCCUUCCGGUGCUGAGGUGGGUUGAUUACCAGGGAGUUAACAAGAGGUUGGUGACGGUGCAAAAAGGGAGGGAAGAGUUCAUGCAGAGACUGAUAGAUGAGCAUAGGAGCAAAAGCAGGGAGGAAGGAGUGGAGAAAAAGACCAUGAUGGGUGUAUUGUUAUCGCUACAGAAGACGGAUCCCGAGUACUACACCGAUGAGAUGAUCAAAUCUCUGGGCGUGGGUUUAUUAGCAGCAGGCACAGAUACUUCAUCUGAUACAGUUGAAUGGGCGAUGUCGCUUCUACUUAAUAACCCGCAGACAUUGAAAAAAGCCAGGGAAGAGAUAGAUGCCCAUGUGGGAAAUGGCCGCUUGCUAGAGGAGGUAGACAUUUCUAAUCUUCCAUACCUCCAAUGUGUCAUUACCGAAACUCUUCGGAUGUACCCAGCAGCACCACUCCUGUUGCCUCAUGAAUCAUCCCAAGAGUGUAGUGUGGGAGGUUUUCAUAUUCCACGUGGAAUGAUGCUACUGGUCAAUGCAUAUGCGGUUCACAGGGACCCCAAGGUGUGGGAGGAGCCUACAAAGUUCAUGCCAGAAAGAUUUGAGGGUGGGAAGGGGGGAGGAGGGAAGUUGAUGAUCCCCUUUGGGAUGGGAAGGAGAAGGUGCCCCGGUGAAGGCCUUGCAAUGAGGGUGGUUGGCCUAGCAUUAGGAGCCUUGAUCCAAUGCUUUGAGUGGAAAAGAAUUGGAAAGGAAAAGGCGGACAUGACAGAAGGCUCGGGUCUUACUCUGCCCAAGGCCGUUCCUCUAGAGGCCAUGUAUCGGCCAUGCCAAAGCAUGCUGGAUACUCUGAAGAAACUCUGAAUCAUUUCUGCAUGAUCUAAUGAAGUAUUAGCUAUAAAUACUAAUUGGUGUUUCGACUGAAAUCUUUUAGAUAAUUAUUUUGAUAGUGGCUAUCUAUAUGUUUGAAUAAGAGAUUGUUCAAGAAAAUUCAUGCUAUGUCAGUCCCUGUGGUAAAGUUAAGGGCAGCUUGGGAAGGGCUCAUCAAUGCCAUCAAAUAUUUACAAUGCAAAGAAAAAAUUUUGGAGGGUGAUCCGCUCACUAUUAUUACA